GCUGAUUCAAAACAUAAACAAGAUGGAGCUGAUAUCUGCGCUGCAGUUUCUGAGGUUAAAUGAAGUACCAGAAGCCUGGGUGGAUGCAGUUUGGGACUUAGAGUUCACAGAGAGAAAACCCCUGGAUGACACCAUUGAAAAAGAUCUGACAGCCAGUGGAGACAAGGCCUUCAGAAACCUGCACCAGUGCUUACUGGCCCAUGCUGCUGAACAACAGCAGUCUGCGGGCAGCGGUGGAACCUCUCAGAGUAUCUGGGCGAUCCUGGGAGAGAAUGGCGUGUCAGUCAAGUCUCUGGUGGCCGUGCUGUCCUUCUUCAUCCUGGCAGGAAAAACCAAAACCGCCAGUGUCCAGCAGAGAGUGAGCGGCCUGAACGCCGCCUCACUCUACCUGCUGCUGCUGGGAAUCCCAGGGAGCAUCGCCAACAAGGUUUUCCAUGAGGUUUUGCUGGACACGUGUUCUGACCUGACCUCUCACUGCUGGCCUCAGGAAUCUGGAAAAAAGCGCAAGAAGGACAGCCUGAAGAGUUCUCAGGCAGACGGCAAACGCUCCAAACCACAGCGGAAAGACGCUCCAGAUAUGGAGAUGGAUGACGCAGAGGAAGAGGAGGAGGACGAGGAGCUUCAUUUCUCCGGUCAGGACCUUGUGAAGAUCAGAGAUGCUGUGGUCCUCCUGGUACAAAGCCUCCUCAGACUCCUGCAGACGUUUCCACUCAAAGACAGAGUGCAGGGCGCCAGCAACUGCACACAGAUCUUUAGCAAGCUGCUUUACUUUGAGCCGGUCAUCGGAGAGCUAACCUUCGGCGCUGCACAAGACAUCACCAAGCUGAGGAGUGUCCCUGAGAUGGCUUUCUACGGCCUGCAGCUGCUCUGCUCGCCGAAACACGGAGACCAGAAAGAAUCCCUGCGGAGGGUUUUCCACCGGCUUCUCUACGUGAUUCUGAUGAUGAAUAAAGGCAACAGAGGGAAGCCCACCCUCCUCGUACCCAGCCAGGCCGUCCUCUCCACCCGUGACCUGGUCCUCCAUUUUGUUUGUCACCUGGUGGAGGAACUGAAGGAGCUGGCUCUACCUUUCCUGCAUAUCCUCCUGCAGCACAUCUGCUUCCAGAUGGUGGAGAAAAGCGAGUUUCGGAGCCACGGAGCCCAGGCUGUGGGUAUGCUGACGUCUCAGAUGACAGGCAAAGACUACGCCUGCUUCAUCAAGUGGCUGUUUAACUUCUCCAGACACUCGAAGAUGGUGUGCCGGCUCUUCUCUGUGGACGUGGUGAUGGUUUUGCUGGAGCAGCCGGAGAGGAGGCCGGAGGAGUGUCAGGACCCGGACCUCACCUGCUUCCUGCCACACAAGGUCCUGAUCCAGGACCUGCUGUUCGCUCGGCGGAUGGACGAAUCUCCCACCGUCCAGGGCCACGCCCUCGCCUGUCUAGCCCGGUGUCUGGAGCUGCCUUCACUCAAUGUCACCCGGGCCGUCCACAACCUCUUCUCUGCCACUGGAACCCACACAGUGCUGGAAGGUGAAAUCACAGAAGGAAGCCUGAGUUCUCAGCAGAGUCAGAAAACCUACCGCUCUCUGCCGUUCAGGACCGUGGAGUUCAGCAGCACGUGCAGCUCCGGCUGUGACGCAAAAGAGAACAUGGCUCUUCUCCUGCGGCGUGUAAAAGACGGGAAGACCAACGUGAGGAAAUCUGCACUGCAGGCCCUGGUGGGUCUCCUGAAACACGGCGUGAUCCCCACGAGCUGGGAGAACCUGGCGAUGCUGUCGGAGCGCUGCAGAGACCCGGCUGUGUCUGUGAAGAAGAAGGCCCUGCAGUGUGUGGGAGAGCUGCUCGCUGCCAAACCAGAGUGCAGUGUGGUGCAGAAGGCGUGGCUGCAGGGGGUGGUGCCAGCUGUGGUGGACUCUGAGAACUCAGUACAGGACAAGGCCCUGGAGGCUCUGGACCAGGUGCUGCUCAGCCAGGUGAAGCUGUACGCUGCCGGCCACCACCUGGAUACCAGUCAGAGGCUGACCUGGGACCUGCUGGGUCUGCUCUGUCACGACUGCCAGGACCUCAGCCGAUAUUUCAGCAGGGCUUUCACCAUCUGGUCCAAGCAGAACAAGUUCACACCGACGUUCAUCACCAACCUGAUCUCACACACGGAGGCAGAUCACGCCGCUGGGGCUUGGCUGCUGCUCUCCAAGGUCGUCGCUUUCUCUCCCAGACUGCCCUACGGCAAGAUCCUGGACGCCUGGGACAACAUGGUCAGUUCAAAGGAUGUAAGCGUGACAACCUGCUGUCACAUCCUGUGCGUGAUAGGAGACGUCGCUGCAAAUUUGAAUGAAGAUACCAAAGACAGGAUAGUUUGUGAUCUGAUGUCUCGGUUGAAGACUUUCACUUUGUCUCUGGAGGUGAUCAGUGCUGCUGUGGAGACCCUUUAUCAACUCGGACGCAGUGAAGAUGUCAAAGAGACUCAGGCUUUUCUGAACCAGCACUGUGGUGAGCUGGUGUCGGUGUGUGAAGCUUAUUUAGCCGCCAUCAUCCUGAGUGAAAAUGGAUCCCAGAACCUCAAUGAGGAGCUGAUGGUAAAACACCUCCACACACUGGGUGUGGCGUCACUCCACUGUCCUGCCAAGGUUGGCAAAAGGACGGUGCUGCUGGUGGAGUCUGUCCUCACAACACACUCUGACAAACUGGCAGAGUGUCAGGAGGAGCUGCCACCCUCGCUGCCUCUGUCCCAGUUCAAAGCAAACUCUCUGUCUACCAGAGUCAGAGCCCACGGAGUCAUCACUUUAGGUAAACUGUGUCUACAGCACGAGGAGCUGGUCCAGAAGUACCUGCCGGUGUUUGCCAGGGAGCUGGAGGUCGGCACUGAGGUUGCCGUGCGCAACAAUGUGGUGGUGAUCAUGUGCGACCUGUGUGUUCGAUACACUAACAUCGUGGAUCAUUACAUCCCUAACAUCUCCGCCUGCCUGCGAGACAGUGAAGCUGUCAUAAGGGAGCAGACUCUCAUCAUGCUGACCAACCUGCUCCAGGAGGAAUUUGUGAAAUGGAAGGGCUCCUUGUUCUUUCGCUUCAUGGUGGCACUGGUCGACCCAGUCCCGGCCAUCGCCAGUCUGUGUGAAUACUGCCUGCUCCACCUGCUGCUGAAGAAGAACCCAGAAAUGUUCAGCCAGCACUUCAUCGAGUGCAUCUUCCACUUCAACUCCUACAGCAAACACAAGUCCUACAACAAGUUCCCUCAGAGUGAGAGUGAAAAGGUCCGGUUCUCACUGAAAGGAGCUCAGCACCGUGAGAAGCGUUUUCGGAUCUACCGCUUCCUGUUGGAGCACUUCACAGACGCCCAGCGCUUCAACAUCACCAACAAGAUCAACCAGACCGUCUUAGCAUGCUUUGCGGACGAAGAGCUGCCUCUGGAUGCAGAUGGUGCUGAAAUUUUGUCGGAGACCUUCAACAUCUUGAGCCUGAAGGAGAUGAAGCUGCAGGCCAUAUCUGCUCCAGCUGGAGUCCCGGCAGGAGAGGAACCAGAGGAGGAGAACAUGGCCACCAUGGCUAAGGCUGUCCUGCAGGCCGCCCAGAAGAAGGUGGUGUCCCAGGUCCAGAAGAAGGCCUUCAUAGAGAACACAGUUCCUCUCAUCAUCAGCCUGAAGAGUCUGCUGGAGCAGAAACGCUCUCCUGUCGUCAGAGACCUCAUGGCCUACCUCCAGGUGACGAUGCAGGAGUACCGUAGUGAGGUCAAGGAGUUUUUCUCUGGAGAUGAACAGCUGGCGGCUGAGGUGGAGUUUGCUCUGCAGACGGCUGAGAAGGAGAGAGAGAUGGAGGAACAGAUGGACAACUGCACCCUGACCGGAGACGCUAAGACUCCCACUGCACAGGUUUCAGUCCAGGACUCUCCUAUCAGGUCCAGGCCCCUCCUCCCGUUUAGCUUUGCCACCCCGCAGCCGCCACGUCUGGACCGUCCAUCUGUCAGACUGUCGCACACUGACAGGCGUAUGCACAGAUCCAGGCAGGAGUCAAUCACACUGGAGGGAACAGUGAUGCGUAAAGGAGAUGUAAAAGACAGAGCCAUCAGCACACCGAAAGAUGUCAACAUCAACUUAACCUUUGAUGAAGGAGUCAGUGCAAUCUUCAGUGACCGAGGAACAAGUCUUGGCGGGGACGGCAGUGUCCUUCACAUGCAGUCAAAUGAGCAGCAAGCUCCUCGGCAGAGGCAGUGGAACGUGCAGUCUCCUCUCCGUCAGAAGAAAAGAUCGUCUAAAGUUUAGCUGACAAACAGCGUCACGGUUUUCUCUCUGUUUUGUUUGUACGACAGCUACCACUCAUCUUUCUCAUCUACAUGCUGUUUAUUGAUAUUCUGUUGUGUUUAUCUUCACUGUGUUUAUGUGACUUUGUUGAUGUUUUUGGUAAUAAAUGGUGUCAUUGA